UCUUUAAGUCCUGUAACGUCUGUUAGCUGGUAGAGCGAGUCUUUUAACGUUCUUAGGGUUUUGAGAAUCUUGAGGGUAGGUAGUGCCAAAAGGCUUUCUCUCUCAUCCAGUCAUCCUUUGGAUGAAUGACAUUAUUCUCCCGAUCCAUCAUUUCAUUUGAACUCUUUUACAUGUGUUGCUCUAUAAGUUGCACCGCCCAGUGCAUGCCAUGCAAUGCGAGUGAUCUAACGACUAAUGCUCUCUCUCUCUCUCUCUCCCCCUCUCUCUCUCUCUCUCUCUCCGUUAAUUUGCAAGUUACAGGACUCCAACCCACCAAAACCAUACAAGACAACCCUCACCGACUUUGCUCCUCCUCAUUUCCUUAUUACUAUUAAUAUCUCAUUCUUUUAGUUUCUUUUCCUUAAUUAUCUCUGCAAUUUCUUCUUCUUUUUCUUCUUCUUCUUCUUCUUCUUCUUCUUCAGCUAGCUUGGUUAAUUAGCACGACUCACAACCAUGGUUUCUGCAGAUGCUAUGCGAACUGUCGUCGGUAUCAUCGGAAACGUCAUCUCAUUCAUUUUGUUCCUCUCACCAGUGCAAACUUUUGUUCGAAUUUGGAAAAAAGGGUCAGUGGAGCAAUACUCACCAGUCCCAUACCUUGCAACCCUAUUUAACUGCAUGGCAUGGGCCCUGUACGGAUUGCCUGUGGUGCACCCCAACAGUCUUCUGGUGGUGACCAUCAAUGGCUCUGCAAUUUUCAUUGAGCUUUCCUACGUCAUCCUCUUCCUCAUCUUCUCAUCUGACAAGAAGCAGAGGCUCAAAGUGCUUCUCGUGCUGCUUUUGGAGCUCGGUUUCAUGGCUCUUCUGGCAUUUCUUGUUAUCAAAUUGGCUCACACACACAACAAGAGGUCACUGAUUGUCGGCCUAGUUUGCAUUCUAGGUAACAUCAUGAUGUAUGCUUCACCUCUAUCUGUCAUGAAAUUGGUGAUUACAACAAAAAGUGUGGAAUACAUGCCGUUUUUCCUCUCACUCUUUUCCUUUUUCAAUAGCGUUGCCUGGUUCACAUACGCUCUCAUCCGCUUUGACAUCUUCUUGACUAUUCCGAAUGGGUUGGGUUUACUUUUUGGGUCAGCUCAACUGCUUCUCUAUGCCACAUACUACAAGAACACUAAAAGACUGAUGGCAGAAAAAAAAGCCAGACAAUUGAGUUUGACAGAGGUGGUUUCCGGCAGAGAUGAACCCAAAAAGAUAGGCCGCAUUCAUCACAGCGGCCGUGCUCCCUCUCAGAACAACGGGGCAUGAUCAACUGCACCGUUGAAGUCUCUGCCGUUCGAUAAGUCGGACGAGCAGGGACCCCGUCAAAGAUCUACAAGUUUUUUUUUGAACAAACGAAGGAGCUACAAGUUUUAGCUCGUCUACGAUGUUACAAAAUGUCGUACAAAUAGUUUUAUUUCAUAACGCAUGCAUUAAGAGUCUCGCAUGUGACUCUGUGGCAUGAUUGAACAUUAUACUUAUGCCAUACGAAGUAGUGGAUCUCAUAAUUCAAGGCACAAGCCUUGUAUGGAAAGCAAUUUGUUUUGCGACUGUAUUUGUAUGUAUACUUUAUUAUACAGGCAAUAUUUGCGAUGGGGGAAUCGAACACUUGAUCUCGCGUGCAGGGAUAAAUACAUUGUACCACUUGGGCUA